AUGGGAGAGUACCGUUUAGCUGAGGAAUUCAAGGAAAAGGCAGUUUCUCCGUCACAGUGGUCCCAGAUGACAACCGAGCAGCGGAAAGAGUACACCAAGAAAGUGCUUCACAUGAAACCAGAGAACCUGGGUCGUAGAGUACAGUUUGCUUGUGAAGUUAACUGCAUGUCCGUUCCUGUCAGCGAAUGUGACUUGGACGAUCUACCGAGUGCUGUUGUCAAGGAUAUCUGGGCCCGAGCGAAUAUCAUUCUGGAGAGGUACAACGUCAUUCAACUCGAAAACUCCACUUUCUGUGUAA